CUACCACUAUCACUUACUACUGGUAGUAUAGUAAACUUAUUCCGUAAGUAUGACUGGUCUUGUGGUGAGUCGCCGCACAGCCCACUACAUCAUCACCCAUUUGCUUAGAGAUGUAGCUCAACCGUCGGCCCGAGCCUUUAUGUUCGCCUACAUCUAUGUAGUACUCCCUAAGCUUGUAGAUCAUGGGAUUCGAUUAGUGAAGAAUAAGAACUUUAAGGAGGUAUUGGUUCGGUACUGGAAGGUGAUGGUCAAUGCUAUUCAUCCUCAUAAAUUCCCAAUGUUUGCAGCCAGUCUUGUGGCGGGGAUUAAUGUCCUUGAACCAAUAAUUUAUGAGAUGCUUCAACGAUGGUCAGGAUUAUCUAGUCCUGAAAGUGUCCUCUUUUUUGCAACUUUAGUAUCGGCAUUUGUGUCAGCUGGAGUGAGUUUCCCUCGAUAUCAAACUCAUAUCUUGAAUUAUGGUCGGUAUUAUUCUUUAGACUUGACGUUGUUAUUAGCGACUCGAGCUCUUGAUACAGCCUUAUCUUCGACAUUAUACAAGGUAAUAUCACCUGGUAUCUCUCAAUAUGGGGAUGUUUUACUCUUUGUUGCCUCUUGUACUCCCAUAAUGUUUUCAUGGUUUUAUCAUCCUGAAAGUUUACCUCCAGCUUAUCGUCAAUGGAUAACUUCGGCUGCAAAUAUGGAUGAUGAACUUAUUGAAGCCUUGAAACAAAUUAAACAGGGUAAUUUGGUAUAUGGAGAACAUGGUCCCCAUGAUGAUAUAUUAAAUCCUAUCUGUGAUAGGUAUGGUAAAGACCCUAGUGAAGGAAGUUUUGUAACUAAUUUACCCAUUAGUUGUGAACUUGUACAUGCUUAUAAGACUUCCAAUUGUGAGUUACAUGCUCUCUGGCGUUUUACAAGAGGAUUCACAUUUGCUUUGAAAGUUUAUGGACCUUUGAAUGCAUUAUUGUUAUUGUUCCCCAAUAAAAGAGUUAGUUUUCUUCAUCGGGUUAUGAAGAGUAUUAAAUCUACGGCCAGAUCUUCGGCAUUUUUAGGUGCAUUCAUUGGACUCUACUGGUAUGCUGUUUGUUUAUCAAGAACUAGAUUAUUACCUGUUUUAUUUCCAAAUACUCCUAGAACAAGAUUCGAUGAUACUAUUGGACCAUCAGCAGGAGCAUUCCUCUGUGGAUUUUCAUCCUUACUUGAAACGGCUCAACGUCGUAAGGAAUUGGCUUUAUUUGUGGCUCCUCGUGCCUUGGGGACUUUUGUUCCUUCUACUCCAUCUGCCAUUAAUUUGAAACUUGAAUCACUAGUAUUCUCGGUCAGUCUUGCUAUAUUAGUGGCAUAUUCUCGUAACAGUCCGGCAAAAGUUAGAGGAAUCUUUGGUAAGGGUCUUAGGCAAGUAUUCCAUAUUGCUUCUCAUGCAUAAUUACUACAUCAUUACAUAGUUACAUAGUUACAUAGUUACAUAGUUAC